AUGGCAAGCCAGAAGCACCUCGCGGCCUCUUUCAUCCUGUUCUUCCUGCUCAACUCUUGUGUCAAACAGUGCAUCGCAGCGGUGAUACCAGUGGGAGUAGUUCUUGAUUUGAACUCCACGGUGGGAGAGUUGGCAGAGAGCUGUAUAUUUAUGGCGCUUUCUGAUUUUUAUGCAGUGAAUGCCCAUUAUCGAACCAGGCUUGCUCUUUUCACCCGGGAUUCUAGGGGCGAUGUUGUUGGUGCUGCAUGUGCAGCUCUAGAUUUGAUGAAGAACGAAGAAGUACAUGCCAUCAUAGGACCUCAAAGGUCAUCACAAGCUAAGUUCGUCGUCGAUAUUGCUGAAAAGGUUAAAGUUCCUAUCCUUUCCUUCUCAGCCACUAGUCCUUCUCUUUCCCCAAACCGAAGUCCAUUUUUCAUUCGGACAGCCCAAAAUGAUUCAGCUCAAGUGAAAGCCAUAAUGGCCUUAAUUCAGGCGUAUGGCUGGCAAGAAGUGAUACCCAUCUACGAAGACACGGAUUAUGGCAACGGCUUAAUCCCAUACGUGACAGAUGCAUUCCAUGAAGUUGACGUCCGUGUGCCUUACAGAAGUGUCAUUUCCCCACUCUCAAAAGAUAUCGAUAUCUUGGAGGAGCUUAAAAAAUUAAAGGAAAUGCAAACGAGAAUAUUCCUCGUGCAUAUGACUGCUUCUCUUGGAUCAAAGUUUUUUGUUGGUGUAAAGAAUGCAGGAAUGAUGAGUGAAGGGUAUGCAUGGAUAAUCACAGAAGGGCUAUCUGGUCUGUUUGAUCCUCUGGAUUUAGAAAUCAUGGACUCCAUGCAAGGUGUUUUGGGAGUCAGGUCGUACGUAUCCAUGUCAAAAGAUCUUGAAGAUUUUGAAAGAAGACGGACAAGCAAUUUCACCUCGGGAAAACCAACAUAUAAGACUAUUCCUGGAUUAAACCUGUUCGGAUUAUGGGCAUAUGAUACUGUUUGGGCAUUGGCAAUGGCGGUGGAGAAGGCUGGCAUAGAGCGUUCUAGUUUCUUGAAGCAAAAUAAUGCUAGCAAAUGUAAAGUUGAUCUUGCAGCUCUUGGAAUUUCUGAAAUGGGUCCAAGGCUUCUGAACGCAAUUCUAACCACUAGAUUUCAAGGACUAAGCGGAGAUUUUCAUCUGGUCAAGGGACAAUUAGAAGCAUCAGCCUUUGAAAUAUUCAAUAUUAUAGGGAAAACAGAGAGGAUUAUUGGAUAUUGGACUCCAAAGAAAGGACUUUCACGAGAAUUAGAUGACACUCAUCAUGGUGAAGUAGCAUACUCGAUAUCAAAGGACAAACUCAAGCAACCAAUCUGGCCAGGAGACACAACAGAUCAGCCAAAAAGGUUGAGGAUCGGGGUUCCAAUAAGAGAUGGUUUCAAUCAAUUUGUAAAAGUGGAAUGGCAUCCUCAUACCGGUAAGCCGAAGAUAUCAGGGUUUUCAAUUGAAUUGUUUCUUGCUGUGAUGGAUCUGUUACCGUUUUGCCUUGGACAUGAGUUUGUGCCGUACGUGAAUGAAAAUGGGCGGACUAGUGCUGGGACUUACGAUGACCUUCUUUACCAACUCAAACUCAAGAAGUUCGAUGCCGUGGUUGGAGACGUAACAAUUGUGGCUAAUCGCUCGUUAUAUGUGGAUUUUACUUUACCAUACUCAGAAUCAGGCGUGUCAAUGGCAGUUUUGAUGAAAAAUAAUGAGAAGGAAAAUAUAUGGAUUUUUCUAAAGCCACUAAGCUGGGAUCUUUGGUUAAUCAUCGUGGCUGUCUCCAUUUUCACGGGUUUGGUGAUAUGGGUUCUUGAACACCGUAUAAACCCUGACUUUAGUGGUUCCCCCAAAAAAACUAUUUGCCUGAUUUUCUGGUUCUCCCUCUCCACGCUCAUCUAUGGUCAUAGGGAGAGAGUGAUGAAUAGCUGGUCAAGAUUGGUGCUUAUCAUAUGGCUUUUUGUGGUGCUCAUACUAACACAGAGUUACACUGCAAGCUUGGCUUCAAUGUUGACAGUACAACAACUGAAGCCUGCAUUUGUGGAUGUAACAGAGAUCAAAAGGAAUGGUUACUUUGUAGGGUAUCAUAAAGAUUCCUUCGUCCGAGGUCUUCUCGUAAAACAGUUAAAUAUUGACGAGUCCAAGUUGAAGCCUUACUCAACCCCAGAGCAAUAUCAUGAAGCAUUGUCAAGUGGAAGCCAAAAUGGUGGGGUUGCUGCUAUCUUUGAUGAGAUCCCCUAUAUUAAGAUCUUCCUUGCCAAGUAUGGCUCCAAGUAUACUAUGGCUGGACCAGUCUACAAAACUGACGGAUUUGGCUUUGCCUUCCCGAUUGGAUCCCCUCUAGUCUCUUACAUGUCAAGAGCAAUCUUGAAUGUCACCGAAGAUAAAGAAAAAAUGAAGGGAAUUAGGCGCAAGUACUUGGCACCUCAAAAACCAUGCGAAGAUCUAGGUCCUGAAAUCAUCCCUUCAAACUCCCCUAGUCUUGGUGUGUACAGCUUUGGGGGCCUGUUCAUCAUAACAGGAGUGGCUUCCCUGUCUUCCCUCUUGAUCUAUGUGUUCAGGUGCCUUCGUUUACACUGGCCAGCUUCAAACAAUCUCCCUUCGGAAGGAUCCUUUUGGCUGAGAUUUGUUGAAUUCGUAAAGCAUUUCGACCUGGAAUAUCAAUGUUCACCACCUUUGAGUACAAAUGGAUCCACACCAAAUCCUGCAAUGAGUCCUGAAGGUUUGGGAGCUUCCCAUCGCAUAGAUGAUGUGCACAACCAUUCAAGGACAUUUAAUGAAACAGCAGACAAUGUUUCUGUAGUCGAGGAUGAUGAUGAUGAAAUCUUUCCUUUAGGGCAUGGUGAUACAUCUGUGGAUGUUUCUAAUAACUUAUUAUGA